AUUUAAUUAAAACUCAAUUUUAAAUUUACUGUUACCAAAAUAGUAGUUCAAUUCAAAAUCAACAAAUUGAAUAGUUCAUAAUUUUGCCAUUAAUUUUCAAGAACCGGUCCAGUUUGAGUGCAAAAACUGGUCAGUAAAUGGUGCUGAUGAUUUAAUCAGUUUUCAGCAACUGAUCGCUCCUGUAAGCAGGACAAAUAUUAAUCAAACAUCCUGCACGUUAUACAGAGAAAUCUCAAAUAUUAAACGGCCAUUUAAAGACUGUGAAUGAAUCUAAUUCUCAAGCAGCGAUAGACCUAGCCAUCGCCUGAACAGGCAGGGGAGUGCAAAAACUCAGAUGUGAGUAGUUGGCAAGGCUUCAAAUCUGUUUCCCCAAUCUUGGUUCAAGAAGGGCAGGAAUGGGCACUCAGGCUCGGCAAAGAAACAGGAUCAUUCAUUGAGCCCUGAAUUUCACUACUGACUCUUAAGAUAGAACGGGUAACCUGUCCGGCGUGUGUUCACUGGGAGAAUCAUUCGACGAUGUACCAGGUACUGAGCGAAUGGUUCGCUCAGAUAACCCGAAGUGACGAACGCCAGCACACUUGCUAAACAGGAAGGAAAUUGGGUUCAGCAAUUAUCCCAGAUAGAGCAAGCAUGGGACAAGUCCUCCGAAAGGAUUGAGUAGGCGGGUCGGGGUUGGCGAGAGGGGCGCAUAGCUCGUAAGCCCCUUCGAUGGCCGAUGAAGACGAGGAGGAUGCGUGGGCCCCCGCAGAGGGGGGCCGGCCACAGAAGAGGGAGAGGACGACAGUCCAGGCCGCUGAGGAGGAAGAGAGCGCCAGCACUGAGAGCACGCCCAGCGUGGACGAGGAGGAGGAAGACGCAGUGUGUUGGCAGACCUACUGUGGGAGCGCCUGGAAGAAGAUGGCCUGGGGAACUCUGAUGGCAUUGAUAAUCUUCACCAUCAUUGUGGUCAUCCUGACCUCCAAGGCCACCCAGCUCCAUGCAGACUACACCCACAAGAAGGCCGCUCUCAACGACGUCCGCAGCAACUACACGCGGGCUAUGGACACCAUCAGGCAGAACCCCUCACAGUCGCAGUGCAGCCGCUAUGAGGAAACCUUCCUCAACUGGCUACAGUCUUUCUGCAGGAUCGUCAACUGCACCACUGAACUCUGCCACAGGUCCUGGACGCCGUUUGCAGGCAACUGCUACUUCUUCUCGAUGAGCACCUUGGGCUGGGAAGAGAGUCGGCAGGCCUGCGUCACGCUGGGCUCUGAGCUGGUGGUGAUCCGAAGUGAGGAGGAACAGCAAUUUGUGGCGGAGUACAACGCCAGCCGCGCCUACUGGGUCGGAAUCAAGGACAACCCGCUGGAAUUGACCUGGACCUGGGUGGACGGAACCAUCCUGCAAGACGACUUAACGUUCUGGGACAAAGAUUAUCCGGACAGUUACUUUGACUACGAACUGGAGGCGUUCAAGAACUGUGUCUUCCUGCGCGGCGGAGCCUGGGCCAAUGCUGUGUGCGCACGGGCAAACUACUGGAUCUGCAAGCGGAGGUCGGAGACGCCACUUAUCGGCCUAUGAAGAAAGCCUCCCCCUCCCGUCAGACCAUGAGGAAAGCGCCCACCUCCCAACCUUACCGAGGCACGGAGGGUGACGGAGUGACGUGUCAGGAGUUCCCGGUUGGCGGACGAGUGGCAGUGUUUGACGUUUGUUUCCCAGUGUUUUUUUUGUGGUUCUAUUUCUCACUUUCCCCCUCAGUUUUGAAUCCCGAAAGACGUUCGGGCAAGAGGGAAGGAUGGGGGAGAAUGAGUGUAUUCUCUCUCGGAGCCUUCCGACCCGCAGCGGAAGUCAGGCUCUGACCUUCGAGGAUUUGCUGGAUGAUCUGGAGGUCACAGACAGCAGUUCCGACCGACUCCAUUCUCCAAACCCAGGACCCGGUAGCAAGAGAUGGAGAGUCUGGAAGGAUCUCCAGAGACUGACCUCUCACUCAGGGUCCCACGUUCUAAGAUGGUUUUCAGAGACGUAACUCAGGAUCCUAGGGCUCAAAGCCAGGAUCCAGAUGGAAGGAGUGGUGGUGGGUCUGUUAGAAGGGUUUCAUGGACUGGCCUCUCAUUCUCAGGGUGGCAGUGGUCAAACCUAGGAUCCGCCAGGAAGGUAUGGAGGGUCAAGCUCUCUGAGGAGGGUUUCAGAGAUUGACUGCACCCCGUUUGGGACUACCGGAGAGACCAGAGGAGAGGUGGCGAGGUAUUGAGUGAUGGGGUGACCCGGAAAGGGCCUCUCGUCACCAGCUUGACAAGCGCGCCCUUGAGUUUAGGUUCGGAGGCACUCCGAAUGGCUCAUUUCCCCCGACCCCCACCCCCAGCGCGACUCUCUGUCUGUCGGUCCGGAGCCAACCAGCACAGCGAGAGAAGGCUCAAUGUUGUUUUUAAAUCUUAACAUCGGUGUUCACUGUUUGAAAUAAAAUCUCAC